AUGGCAUCUAUAAACCACGGAGGUCCCGAGGAAAGUGACCAAUCUAUAAUAGAACAACAAUACUUAGAAGUUUUAGAAGAACACGCAGAAGAAGUUGAAGGUGAAAAAGAUCACGGGGUUCUUUUGUUUUUAGAAACAGAACGGGGAAAGACGAUUUUACAGUACAAUGAUCACAUAUAUCACAAAGCCAAUGGAUUCAAGAAUAAGACAAGGUGGAUCUGUCCCGUUAAGCAGUGCAAUGCAUUUGUGGAUUUAAACGAUAAGAACGAUAUUGUUAUGACGAAUGAGCGUCAUGAUCAUAAAAAGCAUAAACAUCUUGAAGAUUUUCAUCCCGAUGAAAGUGACGCCGCGGUAGUCAUAACAUCAAGAAAAGGGAAAGAAAUGCUGCUAUUCCGGAAGUACACAUACCGCAAGCAAUACAGCAAAGGCACUAGGUCCCGUUGGGUGUGCUCCACUUUGAAGAACUGUCGCGGAUGCGUUUUCACAGACAACGAUAACUUUAUAACCUCAGCUUUCGAAGAGCACUGUCAUGACCCGCCAAAAUAUUAUCUAAAUCCCAAUCACGUACUCGACGCCUUGAGAGAACCUGUAGUGUUGGAAACUGAUUAG